CGUCAUGAUCUUGAAGCCUAAAUCUCAGACAAAGCACAUCUGCCCCUGCCCAGCAAUGCAGUGUGUGAUUUUGUCUUCUCCUGAGCAAAAUCAAGGGCAAGUAAACACAUCAACAAGAGCUGUCCAGCUUACCAAUACGAAAAAACAAUCACUCAGUCUUCGGCAGGUAAUUCUAGACAGCGAUGUCUAGAAGUGUGGAUGAAGAACUCGAUGAACUGCCAGCAACAAACACAGGACCCAAAGGGGUGAUCAAUGACUGGAGAAAAUUCAAGCUGGAGAGCGAGGACCAUGAGUCUAUUCCACCCAGUAAGCGGGAGCUUCUCAGACAGAUGUCUUCUCCUUACCAAUCCAAUAGCAAAGAAACAGCCAUCCAGAGGAGAUUAAGCCGCAAGAUGAGCAUGCAGGAGUAUGAGCUGCUUCAGGAUGAGGAUGAGGGCGUUCUCCGCAAGUACCGGAAGCAGUGUAUGCAGGAAAUGCACCAGCGGCUGAGCUUCGGGCCCAAGUUUGGUUGCCUGUAUGAGCUAGAGAGCGGGGAGCAGUUCCUGGAUGUCAUCGAGAAGGAGCACAGGCUGACGAUGGUGGUGGUCCACAUCUAUGAGGACAAAGUGAAGGGCUGUGAUGCCUUGAACAAUUGCAUCACCUGCCUGGCUAUGGAGUACCCCACUGUGAAGUUCUGCAAGAUCAAGGCCUCCGACACGGGGGCAGGCGACCGCUUCUCGGACAGUGUGCUGCCCGCCCUUCUGGUCUACAAGGCAGGGGAGCUGGUGGGCAACUUCCUGAGCAUCUCCGAGCAUCUGAACGAGGAGUUUUUUGCAGUGGAUGUAGAAUCCUUUUUAAACGAGUAUGGCUUGCUGCCAGAGAAAGAGUUUGGGGCCUGUCAGAAUGCACAGGAGGAUGUUGAAUAAAAUGGACGUGUUAGGGGAUAGUUAGAGAAUACAUUUUAUUUAUACUUCUCAGUAGCAUUCUAUAGAGGGGGUCUCAACUGUCCCUGGCUCCUUUCUAAAAAGGUAAAGUGUUGUCUUCAAGUAGGGCAACCACAACCAAAUUUACUAUUGGAUUCAAAUGUUACUGACCCAUCAGCGCCCUAUGAAUUACAUCCUGGUUUAAAUCAUUGGAAUCCAAGAAUACUUUUAAUCUAUUUAACAACAUACAGCAUGUGCUACCUUCAACAAGUCCAACAUUCAUUAUUUUCUGAAUUGUUUAUAUUACAUAGCAACAACUGACUUUUAAAAAAACAAACAUCUACAUUGAAAAGGUGCAGAGUAACUAUCCAGGCCAUUUUAAUUAGUAUUUAACUAUUGUUCCUUAACAUUAUCCACUAGAUUCACUUGUGGAACCUGAAGAGAUUUUGUAAAAUUAAUAUUGUAUUUUGAUUAAGAUAAUGGAAGCACUUGGAGAUUAGAUGUACUUCUUAGAUGCUUUGAAAUAUGAAACAUACUACUACAAUGUUUUGUAAUUAAAUAGUUUAUGCAUUAUUUAUAUGCAUACAACAUUGGAGUACAGCUAUACCAAUGAAAAAGAUCAUUGUAUUAAAACAGCUACAAGUUUAACUUUGACACUGCCAUUAUCACAUAUGGAUAUUUGUUGUGAAUGUUCUGUAACUCUUCAGUGCUUGGCAGUCAAAUUAAAAAGUACUUCAAAACCA